AUGCAUACCAUACUAAAGAAUAACAAGGGCUUCUGCAUAAAUAUAAACACAAAUCACCCAUUUAAAAAUCAAGUAUUAUUAUUUGGAACUUGUGCUAAAGUGGAAACUGUUAAAUUUUUUGAUAUAGAAAGGUUUUUAGGAUUGUGGUACGAAAUAGAAAGAUUUCCAGCGUGGUACGAAGGUUUCGGACAUUGUGCAUACAAACGAUUUCAAGCAUGUGGUAGAAGAAUUGAAAUAGAACAUAGCUUCGUCAGAAAUGACAUACAUUAUAUACUACAUGUUAACAGCACAUAUGCACCAGGAAAUGAUGCUAUAUUUAAAUUUAAAAAGAAUAAUAUAGAUCCUCUGAGUAUACCAUUAUCAAUACUUGCAACGGACUACACAAACUACGCAGUGGUAUACGGAUGCAAGAAUAAUGAGACGUUAGAUAUAAAAUACAUUUCAGCUUGGAUAUUAUCAAGAGAAAAAAAAUUAUCCCCUGAAAUUCUGGAGACAGCGUAUCGAGAGAUAAAUUCAAUACCGUACGCUAGUACAGUUUAUUUAGAACAGGUGCUUCAAAAUGAAGAAAAAUGUGUACACCAUUGGACAGCUCACGUACACGCGGAAGAUGUUAUUGAUGAAGAAGACGAUGAAUUGUAAAUAAUAGUAAUAAAUAACUCCUAAAUGUAUCUCAAUUUAACAAGCAUCUCUCGUGCGUUCCCGCUAUUCGUUUGCCUCCUACUGUUAUUAAAAAAAUAAAAAGAGGUUCUGGCACACCUCUGAGUGAACACAUAAUUGGAAUUUAUUUAAAAUAUUAAGCAUAAACUGAAGAGAUGUGUUAUUUGUAUACGAUGACGAGCUAUUUAUGUGCAUCUACAAUAUGCAAUUAGUUGAUCUUAUUAUGGUUUAA